AUGAAGUUCAUCACUCUCACCAUUGCAGCCGUCGGCGUCGCCGCCCUACCGCAAACUCUCCAGGCCCCUGCUGCCUACACGCCAUGUGGCGCCCUAAUAAAUAACUGCUGCAAGAUGGCGCCGGGGCCCAACGCCGCCAAGUUCAUGGACUGCAGUGUUCUCCCCGGCCCCUUACCAAAUUACGUAUACUUUAUACAGAGCUGCGCGCCCUCUUAUAAAAUCCCGUCGUGCUGUGCGGAAAAGAAGUCGUCGAACUUGAUUGAAGGCUUUUUCAACAAUGUUCUGGGCACCAAUCUUGGAGAGUCCCAGUGUGUUCUCCCUCCUCCCCAACCGUAG